CUGAGCGGUGUUCGCAUGUGCCCUCUGCGCGACCAAAGAAUUCUGUCACUCAGCCAAAAGUCAUUCGCCGUUCUAUUGCGCCUAGUCGAACAAUUGAAUUGAUCCCGCAUUCCACACGUCUCAGGAUACACUAAGACACUUACACACCUGCCUUUAAUUCGAUCUGGCACAAACCGCGACUAGUGUCUCACAUUUUUCUUGAGUCUGGUUUUCGGUACGACGCUUUUUAAAGCCUGUUUCUCGUACGGAUUAUAACUUUCCAGUUCGAGUGAUGGACACCUCAUCCAGCGAUCAUCAGUACGGAACGAUUAUUAUGCCACCACCACUCGCUGUCAAUGGUAGCAUUUCCCAGGCAGGAACUGGCGCGGACCCACCGGAGCGCAAACGCCGGCGCCAGAGUGAAGAAACCGCCUCCUCGCACGGCCGCGCCGCAGCCCCGUCGAUGACCUUCACGGAACGAGUGCGGGCCAUGGAACCGAUGAUUAGCCGGAUGUUGACUGACGCCCAUGUGGAGCUGCUGAAGCUGGGAGCAGGGAGCCCGACCGGCGGCGACCUCCUGACCUGUUGCGCCCUGUACACCUACCAGCGGGAGGCGGGCGUGCAGCGGCUGUGGACCAACGAUUACGGGAUGGGCAAGCUGGAAUUUGUCAGUAUGGUUGUCAGCGGGGAGACGCUGGUGCCGUUGCCGGGAUGGCUCGAUAGCCGAGUGGAGCUACAAGUUUUCGUAGAGAAAACGAUGGAUUCCAUGCUACCCCACUCAACCGGAUUCCGAAUCCCCUGGUGCGCCAACAUCCGCUUCGGGCGACUGCCGGCAGACUGCGUGGUCGGGUCUGUCACGCUGGUUUUUGUCAAUUCCGACGCGGCGAAGGUUGACCUACCUCAAAAGCAUAGCACCGUUCUCGCUCUGCUCAACGAGAAGCUCCUCAUGGUCCGAGGUCACACACUCACCAACACCGCCGACGAUUUGGGUGUCUUCCAGAAGGCCUGCUGUUACGUGCGCUUCCGCGUGCCCCUGAGGCAUCUGCUGCGAGAGCAGUUGCGGCAAGUGCGCGGACCGGUGCCGGUGGAAGCCGGCGAACCGGAUGCCGCGCGUUAUGUUGCAGCUGAUAACGUCGUGUUGCGCAGAGGAUCACGCUGGAAUAUAAAAGUUGACCGCCGGAUUCUUAGCAGUAUUUCUGAAAUUACCUUGCGGAUCUUCGGUGAAACGCAACAAGGAAAGGUCAGCGCUUAUGACAUAAACGUGAGCAGGGAAUCGAUGUUGGCCUUCAUUGAUGCCGCGGCGGCAGGCAUCCAGUCGGACGUGUUCCCCUUGGACCCGUCCCGACUGAGUCCAGAAGGCAUCCUGGAACUGCUGAAUUUGGCCUGCGCCUGGGAUUUUCAGCCGUUGAAGCUGUGGCUCCAGCUAACCUUAUUGGAACGCUUGUGUGAACCGCAUCACGGGCUUGAUCUGGGCGCCGUAGUGGAGACGGCCAAGGGGUUGUGUCGCGGCUGCAAGGACGCUGCCGAACCGCUGGGCAUCGGCCAAAAAAUGAUGCUGCAGGGAUUGCUGCUGCUAUUGCGCGGUGUGCCGCAGUGGACCCAGUUGGUCGCCGAGAUGCUGGCGCAUCCGCUCCUUAAAGAGAUUGCGCAGCCUGGUGCGCCGGCAUUCCCGGUUAAUACCUACGUGCUGAUGGAGACAGCAGAGGGACGCAAGUACAAUCUGAAGGUCAACCUUGCCUUCUGGGUGGCCGUGGUCAAAGCCAUGCUGCAAAGCACCGAGUUGAUUCCCAUGGAGCAGCAGGAGAUUACGCUGGAUGGCAAGGUGCUGCCGGAUGCGUUGUGCUUGGCAGAUUGCAAUGUUCAAGAAGGGAGUACACUGCGGAUGAAGAUGAUUCCCUUGUGAGUUGGCCGACAUAUUGUUUUCCGCUGUUUUGGUGGUUUUUUCUUGAUUCUUGCUACUUGUUUAUGGUUCGAAUUUUGUUGGCCUAAUUUGAAUCAUUUGACUGUUUUGAAUGUUUGAAUUUACAGAAUUUGAAUGUUUCGGGCUGCCGUGCGAAACGUAGUAUACUGUACUUAUUAUGUUGUAUUAAGGACAUAGUCAGAAAUUCUGUGGA